AUGGACUACGAUCUGUUUGGUGAAGAUGUCAGUGGCUCGAUGCUCGAGGCUCUUCCUGAUCUCGGAGGGAACGAUCACUUCGAUCCUGCGCCUGCGAAUAAUUCCGUAGCGGUGUCCAGAGACGGUCUGAAUUCUGGCCCUAAUGGAGGAGGGAGUUACAUUAGCCAAUCUUAUAACAUUUCUCAAGAAUCUCCAAUACAAAAAUUAACCUCAUUCGGCGGAUCUGAAUUUGGUGGCUCGAAUCAAUUGCAAAAUCCGUCGCAGCGCAGCAUGUUUAACCAAAAUCUCGGUACGUUCGAUAAUAGCGCCACACCUCAGCGUGCUAUGGUGCCGGGCGCAUUUCAAAAUCAGACUCGUAACAUUGCACCGCAACAGCACAGGGGGCCUCAUCCGGGUAGCGGUGGUCAGUAUCCUAGUUACAAUGACAAUAUGUACUCUAUGGAGCAGCAACACUCUAUGGCUAGAGCCAACAUGAGUAUGGACCCUAGCCAACAAGGUUGGCCGGGUAACGGAAGUGGUUAUCCACAGAUGCAGAGGCAUUACAAUCAGAUGGCUCCACAGCCUGCCACGUACAGGCAACACAUGCCACCACAGUAUUCUCAUCAACAAGAUCAAGCUGGCGUUAUUAAUCAAAAGAUGCAGCAGCAACAGCAGCAGCAACAGCAGCAGCAGCAGCAGCAACAACAACACUUUAGUCAACAGGGGAUGAUAGGCAACAUGGGGGUUUUGCAUCAAUCGAUGCAACCUGGCGCGACCGGCGGUGUCUAUCAGCAUAUGGUUGGGCAGCAGCAACAUUACCAGCAAGGUAAUUCGGUAGCGGCGAUGUAUCAAACGUCUCCCGGUUAUCCUGGUUUUGCUUCAGCGAUUCAUCAGCAACAGCAAGCUCAACAACCGCCCCAGGCGCGAAUGCCGCAUCAUCACCCGACGCAUCCGACGCAUCAACCACAUCCGUCUCAUCCUCAACAAUACCCUCAGCACACCCCUCAACAUCCGAACGCGCAACAACAACCGACGAUGGAUCCUCAGUAUCCCCAUCAUGCCACAUCGAUGUUUAAUCAACCCCAACAUUCAGCGCCGCCGCCGCCACAGCAACAGUUUGGUACAGCACCGACUAAGCAUUCGACGAGCCCACAGUAUCGCGCCGCGUUCCCACAGUUAUCACCACAAAUGUCGCCACGGCCACAGAUGUCUCCGCGUCCACCGGCGGUGCAGCAACAAAUGUCUCCCCGACCUAUCAUGUCGCCUGCCAAGCCUACCACUCUUUCGCCGCAUCCUCACGUUCAACUUCCUCAUCAACAGGGCAAUCAGGCUAACGCAAUGUCAGUGUCACCUUCGUGUCCGCCCACAUCUAUGCAAAUGAAUCCAUCGUCGCAGCAACAGCAGACGACUCUGCAGGCUCUCGAACAGAUGGUGAUGCCGGGAGUCGCUGUGUCGAAUUCCAGCGUUCCUACUCCGGAUCAGUAUAAUCAGUUCCAAACACGUCCGCCAAUGUCGCAGACACCAAAUGUUGUUCUGCCGCAGCAGCCGACGGCACAGAGUCCGAUGCCAGGCCAAGUUACGGGGCCCAGAAUGCCAAUGCCUGCUCAAUGGCAAUCACAUCCACAACAACAGCCGCAACAAUCGCAAAUUAGGCCAAAUCUCGGCGUUAACGAGGAAAGAGGUGGCAUAGUAGAGCAGCCUCAGCAAGCGCCAAUAGUAGCCGAACAGAGUACUCCGAUGUUCCCCGUCGCUGGACCGGAGACUACUGUUCAUAACGUUGUGGAAACGGCGACAACGACGAGCACAACGACAACGAGAGAACCGACGACGUCGACGGAGAACGUCGUGCAGAACCCGAUUGAAACCCCGAAACCACCAGAACCCGAGCCUUCUUUGCAUCAGAGCGCUCAGCAGAAUCAGCAACCGGAUGCAACCGCGCAACUCGGCCCACCGCAAGUGGACACAUCGGCACAAAAUAAUUCGCAAAAUAAUUUAUCUUUAGAUCAUACAUCUACGGUAGGAAAUAUACCUACACCGGCGAGUAUAUCUCCGAUUGAAACGGUGCAGUCUCUUCCUGCGUCCAGCACAAGUGGCAAUAUGGAGUGCACAAAUGUGACUACGUCAUUGCAACAACAGCAACAGCAGCCGGUUAUUACACCGAUUCAAAAUCCCGUUUCUAGUAUCGAGAAUCCGAGUGUGUGUGAAACAAAACCACCAGAACAAAAUAUAGAAGUUCAUCAGCCGCCAUUGAGCAGUACAACGCAACAAGUUAUGGGACAGCAGCAACCGCAACAUACUCAGCCUAUCAAUUGCCCUCCACAGCAGCCGAUGCAACAGCCAGUACAGCAAUCGGUGCAGCAACCAGUGCAACAGCUUCAUAUGGCUCAGCCACAGGUAGUACAGUCUCAGGCAACGAUACCGCCUCCUCAACCGCAGUUACAAUCGCCACAACAAUCUCAAAUGAAUCAAUCGCAGCCUGUUCAAAUAAACCAGCAAUUGCAAUCACAGCAGCAAAUACCUCAACCGCAACCACCAUCACAACAACAGCAGCAGCAGCAAUUGCAGCAAAUUGCAUCCACUCAACAAUCACAAAUUCCUCAGCCCCAACAACCCAUAUUGAGUCAAACACAGCCGGUACAGCCUCAACAAAUUCCUCCAGCGCCUCAGUCACAAUUGGGACAACCACAGCCACAGUUGGGACAAGCACAACCUCAAUUGGGACAACCACAGCCUCAACUGGGACAAUCGCAAGCCCAGUUAGCGCCGGUGGCUCAGCAGAGCCCGACUUGCGUUACACAACAGGCUCAAUCGACAACAGCGACACCGCCACAAACUCAACCACCCCAUAUGCAACCUCAGCAGGUUGGCAUAAUGCCACAGGGCACCGCGCUGAUACCAUCUCAGAUGCCGCCGCAGAUGCAAACGCAGCCGAUACAGAAUCCGACAUCUCAGAUGCAGAACCAGAACGCUCAGGUACCGCCUGGACAUUUAAACGCACAACAAAUACCUGCUGUCAGUCAGACCGCCGGUAUGGUAUUGCCGUCGCAUCAAGCUGCGGUUCCUGUGCCAAAUUCCCAAACACCACAUCAGUAUCAUCCUGGAAGCGACAUGGUCACCGGCAACACAAUGCCAAACAUGUAUAGUAUACCGCCCAAUCCUACACAAACCCCAGUCGCAACUACCGGUUUUGGCACGUCUUGUGCGCCGCUAACCCAUCAUCAAGAACGAGCAGCGUUGCAACAGCAGUUACAGGAAUUGUACUGCAUGCCGCCAGCUCCGGAAAAUCAGGAAAAAAUUGUUGCCUUGCAGGAGAAAUUGCAGGCGUUACAGCAGCACGAAACGAAUGAUCAAUGUAAUGGUGGUCCGCAAUGUAUAUUACAAACGCCAAUGUUUACAGCUGCUGUAGUUGAUAGUCCACAGGUUUCCAGUACUACUGGACGUGGUCGUAGCAAAGGUACGCCACGAGCAAAGAAAAGUCGUAAAAAAGCCGAUAAAGAGGCAUCUGCACCUACCACUGCCACUCAACAACCCGAACAACCUUUGUCGGACAAUAAGGUCACUCCAGGUGAUAGCAGCAAUGUAGUAGACAGUGCCGCGGAUUCGGAAGACAUUAAGCCGUCUUCUGGGGAUAUGGAGGAGGAAUGGAAUAAAGGCAGAAAGUCCCGAUCGCCUCGAAAACCACGCAAGCCGAAGGAACCUAAAGAGCCCAAAGAGCCGAAACCUAAAAAGGAACCAAAACCACCCAAGGAACCAAAAUCACCGAAAGUGGCGAGGAAAAGAAAUAAGGAUAAAGACAAAGAUUCCACAAAACGUAAUAGGAAAAAAACUAAUCAAUCGGAGUCUGCUGAUGAUGAAGUUGUACGCGAAAACGAAGAAACUACCGUUUCGGAUUCUAGUGCUGUUAAGGACGCCGAGACAAAAGUCUGUGAAUCGUCUAUACAAGGUGAUCAGGAGCAAGUGGAUUCUUCCACCAAUGAACCUAUGUUAUCUGAAGUAAAGGAAGAAGGUAAAGAGAAAACUGGGACAGAAGAUGCUACAGAAGAGGAUAAAAAAGAGGAAAACUCGGAAGCGACUACUGCGACUGCUGAAAAUACGACUGGUAAAAAGAAAUCUGCAGCUAGGAAACGAUCUAAUACUGGCAAGUCGUCUGGGGGGAAAAGUUCUAGAAGUUCUAAAAAACGCAAGAGUCGCAUUGCCCCUGAUUCUGAUGGCGAGGAACUAGCGGCAACGCCUCCGCCAUCACCGGAAGCUGGCGAUGAUAUGAAUAAGCGGCGAUCCGCGAGAAACACUCAUCGCAAGAAGUAUGUAGAUGAUGUAAUGUUGCGAUUCUCUGACGAUGAUGUUCCUAUGCAAGAAGCUCAAACGUCGAAAAAAGUGGAAGGUGCAAGUACUUCAAAGCCUGCUGCCACCAAAAAGGAGGGUGGCGAGGGUGGUGAAGUCGGACCUAAUAAGCCCAACUUUGUAUACAUUAACACUACAGAUGAAGACUCUAUGGUUGUGCAACAUAUUUUAUGCUCUCGAAUGGGAAAGAGAGAAGUUAAGCCCGUAGUACCCAAAGUAGAACCGCCUCAAGAAAAGAAUGAAAACGCUGAUAAAGAAGAAUCUGACAACAAAGACGCAUCUGAUGAUUCUGUGAAAAAAGAAGAUACGGAAAAUACCGAGAAAGAAGCGAAGACCGAGGCCAAAGACGAGGAAAAAAGUGAAACCGAUAGUGCAAAAAAGGAAGAUGCAAAGAAAUUGGAAGAACCUUCCGCGGAUUCGAAAACAGUUGAUACUACCGCUGUUGUCGAGACGAAGCCACAGUUCGUCGAAGUAGAAGAAUAUUUCGUUAAAUAUCGGAAUUUUUCGUAUUUGCAUUGCGAAUGGAGAACGGAAGAGGAAAUGUACAAAGGCGAUAAGCGUAUCCAAGCUAAAUUGAAAAGAUUCAAGCAGAAGCAACAACAAAACACCAACAUUUUUGAAAAUACCGAAGAUGAUCCCUUUAAUCCAGAUUUUGUCGAAGUUGAUCGAGUUUUAGAUGAAGCAACUCACACAGAUCCAACUACUGGAGAAACAGUCCGACAUUUCUUAGUUAAAUGGCGAUCUUUGCAGUAUGAAGACUCUACCUGGGAAUUAGAAGAAGAUGUUGAUCCUGAAAAAAUAGCCCAGUUUGUGAAAUUCAAUAAAGUGCCACCAAAGGAGCAAUGGAAGCCGAAGAAAAAGCCCAAUGCUACAGCUUGGGUGAAACUGGAAGAAUCGCCAGUUUAUAAGAGCAAUAACAUUUUAAGACCAUAUCAAUUGGAAGGGUUGAAUUGGCUGCUAUUUUCAUGGUACAAUGGACACAAUUGCAUUCUCGCUGAUGAGAUGGGCUUGGGAAAGACGAUUCAGUCUCUGACAUUCGUGGACGCGGUCUACAAGUACGGAAUUCGCGGACCAUUCUUGAUUAUAGCUCCGUUGUCGACCAUCCCAAAUUGGCAGCGAGAAUUUGAAAGCUGGACCGAUAUGAACGUCGUGGUAUACCAUGGAUCUGCGGCGAGUCGUACUAUGCUACAAGAAUAUGAAGUUUAUUACAAGAAUGAGAAGGGACAGCAAAUCAAAGAUUUAGUAAAAUUCAACGUGUUGAUAACAACGUUUGAAAUCAUUAUAACGGACUUUAAUGAACUACGUGGAUACAAUUGGAGACUUUGCGUUAUAGACGAAGCUCACCGAUUAAAGAACCGAAAUUGUAAGCUGCUUGAAGGCCUCAGACAAUUGAAUUUGGAGCACAGGGUACUCUUGUCAGGAACACCGUUGCAAAAUAACGUUAAUGAACUGUUUUCCUUGUUAAAUUUCCUUGAACCGCAACAGUUUGCAAGUAACGAAGCAUUCCUAAAGGAAUUUGGUAAUUUAAGUAGCGAAGGUGAAGUGCAGAAGUUGCAACUUCUCUUAAAACCGAUGAUGUUACGUCGCCUAAAGGAAGACGUUGAGAAAUCAUUAGCACCGAAGGAGGAAACUGUCGUUGAGGUGGAAUUGACUAAUAUACAAAAGAAGUAUUACCGCGGAAUUCUUGAAAGAAAUUUCUCGUUUCUCGCUAAGGGCACCACUUCGGCCAAUAUUCCGAAUCUUAUGAAUACAAUGAUGGAAUUGAGGAAAUGUUGUAUCCAUCCAUUCCUGCUGAAUGGUGCCGAAGAUCAGAUACAACUAGAUUACAAGACCGGCGAGAAAGAAGAUUCCGAGGCAUAUUAUCACGCUCUAGUGAACAGCUCCGGAAAGAUGGUCCUGAUCGAUAAGCUACUGCCGAAACUGAAAGCCAGUGGUCAUCGAGUUUUGGUAUUUAGUCAAAUGGUGAAGUGUCUGGAUCUGCUCGAAGACUAUUUGCUAUAUAAAAAAUAUCCGUACGAAAGAAUCGACGGUAGAAUUCGUGGAAAUCUGCGACAAGCUGCCAUUGAUCGUUACAGCAAACCAGACUCGGAUCGAUUCGUCUUCUUGCUCUGUACGAAAGCAGGUGGGCUCGGCAUUAAUCUAACCGCGGCUGACACUGUCAUUAUCUAUGAUAGCGACUGGAAUCCACAAAAUGAUUUGCAGGCGCAAGCUCGGUGUCAUCGAAUUGGGCAGCAAAAAAUGGUCAAGGUGUAUCGUUUACUCUGCCGCAACACAUAUGAGCGUGAAAUGUUUGACAAAGCAUCUCUAAAAUUGGGACUUGAUAAAGCGAUCUUACAAUCCAUGAAUACUAGCCAAGGUGGCAAAGACCCCAGCAAUAAACAAUUGACAAAGAAGGAAAUUGAAGAUCUGUUGAAAAAAGGCGCUUACGGUGCUAUUAUGGAUGAUGAUAAUGCUGGCGACAAGUUCUGCGAGGAAGAUAUUGAGCAGAUUCUUGAGCGAAGAACUCAGAUUAUUACUAUAGAAGCAGAAAAAGGCUCGACGUUCUCGAAAGCGAGUUUCGCAUGUUCGUCAAACCGGUCAGACAUUAAUAUAGAUGAUCCUGACUUUUGGAAGAAAUGGGCGAAGAAAGCGGAGAUUGAUACCACAGAGAAGAAGGAGGAGGAUGAGCUGGUGAUAUCCGAGCCUCGGCGAAGGACGCAAAUUAAACGUUAUGGUCAUGACGAGUCUGUGGUUGACAUGUCCGAACUGGACAGCUCGGACGAGAACAGCGAUGACGAUACGAGUAUCGGCCUGUCUGGUAGAAGCAAGAAACGGCGCGACAAGUUUGGCAAAAAGACGCGGAAGUUCUACGACGAGUACGUGCCGCGCGAAGGCGAGGUAGUAUAUGGCAGUUGGGCGCGGAGCGAAUGUUUCAAGGUCGAGCGUGGACUGCUGACGUUUGGCUGGGGCCGCUGGGAAGAAAUUCUACAGCAUAGCCAGUUCCGUCGCGGUUGGCGCGAGGUCGACGUUGAGGAUUGCGCUCGCGUCAUUCUGCUCUACUGCCUGCGUUAUUAUCGCGGUGACGAAAAGAUCCGGAGCUUUAUCUGGGAUCUUAUCACGCCCAUUGAGAAUGGUGAGAAGAUGAAGAAUAUACCGAUGAACACUAGUAGCAGGAACAGUCGGCAGAAGAAGAAGAGCCGUGUCCGGGAGGGCAGAGAGACCCGAGGAUCGGUCAUCAAUGGCGGACCGAGUGAUCCCAAUCAUUGGAGUAACGCGGAAAAAUUCGAUGGAGACAUCUUUCUCGAGAGCAACUACAGAAAGCAUCUCAGUCGACAUGCUAAUAAGGUAUUGUUGCGCGUACGAAUGCUGUAUUAUAUCAAACACGAGAUUAUUGGCGACUUAGUUCAACAUAUUAAUGACGGUGUUCAUGUCAGUGCGUUGCCGCUAGACCUUCCACAGUUGACGGACCGACCGGCGAAAUGGUGGGACUCGACAGCAGAUAAAUCCUUAAUAGUCGGCUGCUACAAACACGGCUAUGAGAAUUACGACCAGAUGAGGACUGACCCCGCGCUUUCUUUCAUUACAAGCUGUCCUCCCCCUUUCCAGAACUCUCAGAACAAGAGUACCACCGACAGUAGCAGUAGAGACGAUAACAGUCUGGAGAACGAUAUGGAGGAUGGUGAAUCUCCUGGAAUGACAAAAGAUUCGAAAGACUCUGACAAGUUUAGUCGAGAAACACCAGCGGAUUCCCCUGCCAUCUCGAGUAAGGCGGACACGCCAAUACCGGAGGCUAGCGGCAGCCACGAUGGAAACGACGGUCUUAUCACAGAUGACGAAAAGCCAUCUUGGCCGUCUAUGGUAGAUCUUAAUACACGACUGCGUCGUGUGAUAUCUUCCUAUCAGCGAAGCGUUAGUAAGAAAGAGGAUGUUAAAGUUAUUCCGAAACCUGGAAAGAUGGGAAUGGAUAGUGAGACCACUCCUAUAAAUCAUACCGGUAUGAUGCAUGAACCACCUUUGAAUAUGCAAGGAUGGGAUUUGCAGCAAUUAGCAAUGUAUCUUUUGAAAAUGGAGAAAAGAGAAAAAAUGGAGGCCAUAGUGAAAGAACGAGAACGUACUCGUAUCGAGGAGCAAAAGGCGAAGUGGACCCGUCGCGAAGAAAGCGAGUUUCUACGGGUGGUGUCUACUUAUGGCGUUAAUUAUGACAGGAAAAAGGCCCAGUACGACUGGACCAAAUUUAAAAGUAUCGCUCGAUUCGAUAAGAAAACGGACAACGAUCUCACAGACUACUAUAUGUCGUUUAGAGCAAUGUGCAAGAAAGUUUGCAACGCAAAAUUGAAUGAAGAAGAAGAUUUUACAGAUGUUCCAGUGGAUCAUCUGAGUCCUGCUAAAGCGAGACAAAUACUCGAUCGCGUCGAUCUUCUGAGCAAAAUCCGCGAGGAAAUUCUGUCGCAUCCGCAUCUCGAAGAACGACUCUCGUUGUGCCAACCGUCGGGAGACACGCCGGAGUGGUGGCUGCCAGGGAAACAUGACAAGGAAUUGUUACUUGGCGCGGCAAAACAUGGUCUUGGACGCACCGAUAUAACUAUACUAAAUGAUCCGGACUUUUCGUUUCACAAGCUUCUUGCUACGAGAGGAAUGUAUGCAAGCACACAGACUCCUAAAGUAAUAGACAAGUCUGAGAAAGCGAUAAAGAUCGAGAGUAGAGAAGAUAUUUUGAAGUUUGACAAGGACGAGAUACUCGUGAAAUUGGAGAAAGGCGAGGGAACUUUGAAGAUUGAAAAAGUUGGGGCGAAAAAGGACAAAGACCAAAGUACUUCCGAUAAGAAAUCUGAGAACGUGGAUUCUGAGAAAAGCCAAGUGGAAUUGACUAUUGUCAAAGCGGAAGCUAAUAAACCCGAAGAAAAAUCUAUCGGUUCGUUGACGAUUACCACCGUCGCAAGAACAUCAGACGUCGAAAACGUCGCUGUAAAGAAUGAGGAAAAGAACGAGCUAGCGAUAGAAUCAGUUAAAUGCGACAGCACCAAAGCUAAUCAGACAGGCACUGCCAAGUUGACCGAUGAAAAGACUACAAAAGAAGCUAGUUUAGAUAGUACGGAGAGUCCUGCUGUUGUAGAACUUGAAAAAGAGGAUAAUAUACAGGAAAAAGAUGUUAAACAUGAAGCUGAAUCCAUUGAGAAAUUAAAUGAGUCACUAGCGCAAGACGUCAUAAUGGAAACAACCGAAAAAAAUGAAACAGAAGUCAAGCAGAAGAUCGAAGAUAUUGAUAAGAGCACUGAAACUACCGAGCCCGCUGUUGAAGAUGAUAAUAAAAGCGUAAAGCCGGAUAAUCCACCGAUUAAGGAAGAGAUCGAGACGCAAGAAACAAAAAAUUCGGACAUUAUUAAAGAGAAAGCGAAGGUUCCGCAAAUUGAAGAUAAGUGCAGCGUCCAGGCUGCAGAAUUGAAAGCAAUGUUUCCAGAUUUGGAGGUGAUACAACCACUGUCACGGUUAACGCAGAUCGAUACAUUCGUUUUACGAGACAAGCCGGCGGAUUACAGUAACGAGCCAACAGUGAUGCAACUCCUGGCACAUGGCUGCACUAAUACAUCAAUAAAGUGGCCAAAGGAGCACGCGAUCGAAGCUCGUUUAAUGCACAUCGUGCACGCGAUAGAGCACAAAGAAUGGCCAGUGUCGAUGAACUUUAGUGCCGGCGAGGAACUGGAGCUUGCGCAAAACGAGAAGGAAUGUUCGGAAGUGAUAACAAUCACCACGGAUCACGGAGUGUCCAGAUCUAUAGCCAGCGGAAACAAUAUCUCCGCUUCGAAGAAACGCAAGAGGCAUAUUGCUAUAGAUGUAGAGACCGAGCGAGCCAAGCUUCACGCGCUUCUUAAUAGCAGUCACUUAAGCACGCCAUCACCCGCGCCUCUCAGUAAACCAGUCGUUCUGUCUGGUUCAACCACCUGGGAGAUCAAUGAUGAAUCCCAGUCCGAAGAAUCGCGACGUUCUACGCCAGUCCAGCCACCGCCAGCACAUCAACAAACGCGAACACCGAAUAUACCCUUUGACUUGAAAUACACCGUUCCAGGAAAAACAACCGUUAUACCUGGAACAUCGAGCACUUUGACACCUAUCGAUCUAUCCGCUGGAUACCCUAAAUCAAGCUCCGAUAGUAACAAGGACAUUAUGAAUGAAGUUCAAGACUUCUCCAUGCCGAAUAAAAAUAAACAAGUCAGUAGCAAUAAAGGGAAAUUAGACAGUAUGCUUGAUAAGCUUAUGAAAAGAAAAUCUUGCCCGACAGAGGAACCAGUAGUUGGAAAAGAGAAGAAGCGCAGGAAAUUGGAUGAAAUAGUAUUGGGGCUGAGUGCCGCGAAAGAACAACAAAGCGGCCAUUAUCUCGAGCACAACAAAAAGAGUACAAUUACACCUAACGUGACCGUCACUCCGACAUCGGCUCCGAUCGGUCUUCCCAAUCCUCCGACGAGUACUCAAAAACCGUUCUCCAUUACCGUUACAUCAAUUCCGUCUUCUCGAGCUUCGACUUCUUCUACACCCGUUUUACCGCCACCGUCGUUGCACUCGCACAAAGAUACCUUCUCCGCUUUACUAGCUCAGGCCGAACAGCAGAAUCGUGAAUUGAAAAAACAGCAACAGCAGCAGCAGCAGCAGCAUCAACAACAGCAACAACAACAACAGCAGCAGCAGCAGCAGCAACAACAGCAGCAGCAACAGCAGCAGCAGCAACAGCAGGCCUUUAACUCGGCACAUCCGUCUUCCUCGAGCAGCAGUCAUCGAAAAAGUUACGAGGCAAUGAUCGCGGACAUUAACAAAGUCGCCGAGUACUCGUCCAAGAUCGGCUCGUUCUCGCAUGAGGCAAAGGUUAAUAAGUGGUUGGCGGAGCAAAGCGCGAUGUCGGAGCAAUUAAGUGCAGAAUAUUUGAAUGCUCCCCGACGACGCAGACCGCGCGUUGAUCCAUCCUUACUAGAUUGGAAGAAGCUCACCGGUGAAGAGAAUGUCGCUGUCAUCAACCGAUUAACUGGCAAGAAGGUAACCGGAAGCAAAGCACCUCAAUUGAAGCGGCUUGGGACAUGGCUAAUGGAAAAUCCAAUGUUCGACGUUGAUCCGAAAUGGGCAGAACUUGUGAAGGAACGUGGCAAUCUUCCGCACGACCUACAGAAGAGACUGUCAGGUAAUGAGCGCAGCAGUGUGAACAAGGGCAAGAGCCCGGGCAGACCGCCUAUGAUGCCCAGCCCUACUAGCCAGCAAUCGGCGAGUACCGCCAAUCUAGCGGCCACGUCGAUGGCGUCUAGUCUCAACUUCCCGCUCGGCAAUCUAAAUAGCUCUUUACUGUCGAGCCUGUCACUUGGCAACUUCGAUCCGAAGAAUCCGCUCUUGAUGCCGUUCGGCGGUCUGACGAACUUGGGCGCGCUCGGCGGCCUUGGUAAUAUCAGCAACUUGAGUAAUAUAGGUCUAACGAAUUCGCUGUUUAAUCUGGCCGGGUUGAAUCUGCCGUCGUUGGCGGGUAUGGAAGCAGCGUUGAAUGCCCAAGCGGCAACCAGCAGCGCGGCGGCAGCGGCAGCAGCAGCAGCCGUGGCGGACGCGAAUAAUCCGGUCGUGAGUUCGGCGAAUAGCAGUAGCAGCAAGAAUGCCGGCGCGGGUUCUUCGUCGAGCAUUAGCGGCAGCGGUGGAGGUGGUAGUGGUAGUAGCAAGUCACGUAGUAACAAAUUAGAUCAACCAUCGACCAGCAGCAAAUCUUCGGCUAGUGGUGGUCCGUCAACUUUGUCUGCUGUUUCAUCUGCGAGUCUGCCGACUCCCUCGCCAUUCCCGUUUCUCUUCACGAAUCCCAGUCUCCUCUACACACCGCUUACAUUAAGCGGCCUGAAUCCGUUCUCUAUGCAAUCUGGCGGCGUGUCGUCGGCCUACGAAAGCCUUGCCCAAUGUGGUCUGCUGAAUCCACCGACAUCCAGCGCUUCAAUGGUGCGCAAGCCUACGUCAUCUAGCAGCUCCUCUAGACAACGUGAGACCGUACCGGAAUCUUCGACAUCUUCAUCAUCGUCGUCGUCAUCGACAACGAAGCGGAAGGAGCCUGAAAAGAAAUCUAGAUAUCCAGUGGAUCCAGCCGUAACUCUGCAACAAUACACGGAUAUGGCAGCGUUGCACAGUAGCGAGGAGAGACGUCGUGUCGAGCAGCAACAGCAACAACAACAACAGCAGCAGCAGCAACAGCCACAGCAACACGAGAAACGAGAAACAUCGAUAACGGAACAGGCCGAUGUGGUAGCGGCAGAUCUAUCGGAAAAAAAAAUCGAACGAAAAAACAAAGAACAAGAAAUGAAAGAGGCUCUGGAGCAUCUGAGUAGAACGAGCGCCGAACUGGUCACGCGAAACAUUGAUGAUGUUCCUAGAUCCGAGAAACCGCCCAGCAGAAAUCGUAGCAGCACGGAUAGCAAUCAGAAUUCUGACCAACAGCAACAACGAUCAACGCCGUCGGCACCACCGCCGCUUGAAGUCACUCUUGAACCUGUUGCGAAGAAAAUGCGCACCGAAAUGGACACAAGUACGAAAUUGUCCGCAUCGAGUAGCGAAGUAUCGAUGAUGGAAAUUGAACCGGUGACAAGACCUUCACCGACGACUCCGACGAAAGUGACGCAGCAGCCUGCAUCUUCACAAGAGGAGACAUCCAAUGUUCCGCCUGUAGAAGCGAGCACGACCAAGAAGGAAGUGAACGAGACUGCGACGUCAUCGGCAUCCUCGUCGUCAUCUGCGAAUGCGACAUCGCCGUCGACGCAGACUACUAGCGCGAAGAGCGACAGCGGUAAACCCGCUGCUUCAGAAACAGAGGAAGAUGGCAAAGGCGGCACUAAGGCGCCAAAGAAGGCACGGAGCGGUAAACGACUGAGCGUGGAACCACCACCAGAACGUAAGAAUCUUCGUUCGAGUGCCGGUAGACAGGCACGGGCGGCUGCGGAAAGGCAGGCGCGGAUGGAGGGCGAGAUGCAGCAAUCCGAGCAGCAGCAGCAAGAAAGUCACAUGGCCGGCGAGUGAGUCACGGCGAGGUCCCGUCGGACUGCUGCCGUAAAACGAUGAAAGACAAUUACCGCCCUAUGGUGAACUGACAAAAGAAAUUUGGUGGACGCCAGCGAACCACGUUUUUUUUUUUUUUUCCUUUCAACUCUCUGAUUCGACAUUGCUCGCACAACGAAGAUCUGUAUGUAGAUGAUUCCCUGUUCGACAAACACGAAAGUGUAAGGUUGUUUCUAAUGGCAUUGAAACGCGAGUGUAUCGAAAGGGGGCUACAAACAUUGGUAGAAUCUACCGUAGCCUUCGGUUCGGUUCUUGGAUGAUGAAAAAUGUGUGAACAAAGGACUCCCUCAAUUCUACGGGAGAUGGAUCAUGUUUCUUUAGGUGGACAGUGUGUGACAGUGCACAUUUAUUGAAUUGAAA